AUUCACAAGAACUGAAUAUCCUUGUGUGCUGACCUUUGCAUUGCAUUGCUAAUGUUAAGUAAGAGAAUGAAUGGGAAACAAAUGGUAGUAUUUGGGGAUGUUUUUCUUUCCUUUUUUAAGAAAAAAAUGGCAAAUGGUGUGGAUACACUUGCCACAGAACAUAAAAGCAUAAGAGUUCUGGCUGUUUGAGGGGAAAACAAAAAGUUGAUUUCUUUUUUCAACUGUAAAAAUUAGCCAGGUUCUCCCAGGAGCUUAAAGAAAAAAAAAGCUUUGAGAAAUGGGAGUGAGUUACAAGAGAUGGUUUGUGUAACAAGUUCCUCAAACCACAGAGGUCACAUGGGCUCUUUCUGCUUUGCUACUUUUGAUUACUUGUCAGAGUUGUACUUUUAGCUUCCCCCACCUGCAAGGCCACUCAACCAUGUGCUAGCUGGAGUGAUCUUUAUUCACAAUGUCUUUACAAAGGCUCCUGCAACACAGCAGCAAUGGCAAUUUGGCGGACUUCUGUGCUGGGCCAGCGUAUAACUCUUACUCCACACUCACAGGCAGCCUUACAAUGGACGAUAAUAGAAGGAUUCAAAUGCUGGCAGACACAGUGGCUACUCUGCCUCGGGGAAGAAAGCAGCUUGCUUUAACCAGAUCAAGUUCUUUAAGUGACUUUUCCUGGUCUCAAAGAAAGCUUGUUACUGUGGAGAAGCAGGAUAAUGAAACAUUUGGAUUUGAAAUUCAGACUUACAGGCUCCAGAAUCAGAAUGCCUGCUCCUCGGAAAUGUUCACUUUGAUAUGCAAAAUACAGGAGGACAGCCCAGCUCACUGUGCUGGCCUGCAAGCUGGUGAUGUCCUUGCAAAUAUCAAUGGUGUGAGUACAGAAGGUUUUACCCACAAACAAGUCGUUGACCUGAUCAGAUCGUCUGGAAACCUGCUAACGAUAGAGACUCUUAAUGGAACAAUGAUUCUCAAAAGAAUGGAGCUUGAAGCAAAGCUGCAGGUUUUAAAGCAAACCUUGAAACAAAAAUGGGUGGAGUACAGAUCUCUGCAGUUACAGGAACAUCGUCUGCUUCAUGGUGAUGAAGCUAACUGCCCAAGUUUGGAAAGCAUGGACUUGGAUGAAUCAUCUUUGUUUGGACCCCUGCCUGGGCCAGGACCAGCCUUUGUGGACCGGAAUCGAUUAUCCAGUGAGAGCAGCUGUAAGAGCUGGCUAAGCUCCAUGACGAUGGACAGUGAAGAUGGCUACCAGAUGUGUGUGUCUGAGGACUGCAGCAGGGGUGCCUUCAGUCGGCAGACGAGCACAGAUGAUGAGUGCUUUAUCCCCAAGGAGGGGGAUGAUUUUCUGAGGAGGUCAUCCUCAAGGAAGACCCGAAGCAUCAGUAACACCAGCAGCGGAUCCAUGUCUCCCUUGUGGGAGGGCAACUUCUCAAGCAUGUUUGGGACCCUGCCCCGGAAGAGCAGAAAAGGAAGUGUCCGAAAGCAACUCUUGAAAUUUAUCCCUGGCCUUCAUCGUGCUGUGGAAGAGGAAGAAAGUCGCUUUUGAUGGAUUGUGGUGUCCUUUUAAAUUAGCUUAUUUCACAAAUAUCUCUAGGCUCACCCAGAUCUCAGCUUGGUGGGAAAGUGCAGAUGAAUUGCAAAACUGACAUCCCAUUUCACCACAAUAGUGACCUUUAUUUAAAUGGUUGUGUCAUAGUUUUUGCUUCUUAAAUCAUUUUUUCAACCCAAACAUCGCAAGUUUUAAGCAGACAGGGAAACUAAAUAAUAAGUUAAUUAAUAUAACAAAGCUGCAAGUGCCUACUCAUUUCAGUGCUGUGAAAGCAAAACUAAUAUUUAUUUUCUAGAUUAUCCUUGUGAAAAAUUGACAAGUUUUUGAAGUCAAGCAUGAAUAAAGGUGUAGCAGAAUAUAA